UUUGACUUGUUCAACGACCUCCUCUUUUUGCUUCAGUCCUAAAGCUUCCUGUCCAUAAAUGAUCGCAUAAAGGAUCGUUUCAACCGUUCGAUCUUUCGCUCCGUAAUCAUAAGAACGACCCAGCAGACACUAUGGCUGUCGGAAUCACCCAGACGGUGGCUGCAGCCACUACCAGCGUCCCGCUCUGUCUCAUGGCUACCUUCAAGGAAACUCCAAGCCUGGACAACUUCGAUAAGCUCGUCCAAGCCUUGAAGGAUGCCCUCGGGCCGUCGUCGGGUCUGACUUCAGACGAUGUCGAUGUCGAAUACCUCACUCGCUUGAUGCAAGACUAUCAGAGUGAUGAGGUAGAAUGGUCGAGGUUCGCCUUUGGCGAUGCGAGCCGGGGGUAUACUCGCAACUUGGUUGACGAAGGGAACGGGAAGAGCAACCUUCUCGUCCUAGUCUGGUCCCCAGGCAAAGGGUCACCCAUCCACGACCACGGCAACGCCCACUGCCUGAUGAAGAUCCUCCAAGGCAACCUCACCGAAACCCGCUAUGCCUUUCCCGAUCCCACAUCAUCAUCAUCCUCUCCCUCCUCAGAACCAGAACCAAUGCAAGUAAUCUCGGAAGAAGUCUACCGCGAAAACGAGGUGGCCUACAUGGCCGACGAGCUCGGCGUGCACCGCAUGUGGAAUCAAGACCCAGACAACUUUGCCGUGUCGUUGCACCUGUACACGCCGCCCAACGUGGCAAGGGGGGGCUGUCACAUCUUUAACCCGGAGACGAGCAAGAAGAGCCAUGUGCCCAAGUGCGGGUACUACUCGGCUUAUGGGAAGAGGCUGAAUGAGUGAGAGGAGAGAAGAGAAGAGAUAAGAGAAGGAGAUGAUAGGUACUCAUGCCGAGGUGUCGUCGAUUAUGAUGUUCGAUGGAUAGAUGGGGAGGCAUAGGUCGGCGGUAAUGAGCUUCGUUUUGUCGUCGAGU